AAGACGUUUCGCGAUGUGUGAGUCAGUACUUUGCGUUUUAUCAUUACACAUUGUGUCCGUGAAGCAAGUCAGUCGCGUUGGGGUAACGGCAAGAAAACGUUGUCCAGAGGUUUAAGCCAGAACUACAUGGACUUUUUUGUUUGUUUGUGGUAGUGAUGUGGACAGCCAAGGACGAUCAACCGAGCGAUGCUCUCGGACGCACGAGCACCAACUCAGAUGUGGUGCUGGUGGACGGCCAGGGACUGGCCCCUGCCUCCACGCCUCCGACCAUAGCUAAUCUCAAUGUCACAAAGUCAUCCCGCGUCCACAUUGGCCCUAAAUUCGUUUCUGUCACGCAGAAUCUACAAAACACAGAGGUGGUUAAAGGCCGCUUACUGGGCCUAGAGUUGGUGUCACCUAAGGGUGCCCGUCGGCUGCGCUGUAGCGUGGCCGUCUUCGUGUGUUGGGCCUUUCUUGUCGCUUCUGGCCUCGUCAUCUACCUCGUCGCCGUCGCCCUGCCAAGGCCCCAGGGUCGCCUAGAUAUAGACAUGCCCUUUCCUGUUUACGUGUGGCACAUCAUCAAGAACAGUUCUCGUGCGGAGAGACUGUCGUGUCUCGCUGCUCUCCUAGUUCUAUUCGUGUGCAUCGGCCUCAUUGUAUACUUCACUGUACUUGCCAAAAACACCACCGACGAUAUAACUGACGUUGCGCCGCACGAAUGGAACAUUUCUCGAGAAAUGUGGUUGGCACAGCCGUAUGAGAACAACGGAACAACGAAGCUCUUCGAUCCACUGAAACUGGUGGUGAUUCAGCACACCGUCAGUCCGAGGUGUGAGCGAUUCAUUCUCUGUGCGGCCGAGCUUCGCAACAUGCAGGCUUGGUUCAUCUCACAGUAUCACUACGACAUCCCAUACAAUUUUAUCAUCGGCAACGAUGGACGUGUGUACGAAGGCCGAGGCUGGGGUAUUGAAGGAGCUCAUACCUUAGGCUACAACCGCUGUUCUUUAGGCCUCGGUUUCAUUGGCGAUUAUAGAGAAGAGUUACCGGUGCAUUCUCGGGUCACCGAUCUUCAAAUAAAAAGAGCCAAGAUGAUUCUAGAGGAGGGCGUCAAACUUGGUUACCUGGCCGAGGAUUACGUAGUUCUUGGAGCUAAGGAUCUACAUUUAACUGCCAGUCCGGGAUCGAAUCUUUACAACGCUAUCCGAAAAUGGGACCAUUACGGACACGUAAAUCUGUGGCGUAACUCGACUUGUGAAGAAAUGCACGGAUUACCACCACGGCAACAAUUAAUUGGUUAAAAAGUAUUUAGUACUUUUUUAUCAAUAUAAGGAGUUUAUUAUUACGAAAUUUGAUAGCUAUUUAGUUUUAUUUGUGUAUUAUCCGUAGUAGCAAAACUAUUAAAAAGUACAUAAAAACAUGACCCACCGUUUCUAAGAGCUAAAUCUCUGUAUAAAACCUGUCGUCACCUCUGUCAUUAUCUUUGACAAAAAAGAGAUUCAAUAUUGUUUUAAGCGGAGAUUUUGUUCUCAGAAACCCACGGUAAGACAGUGUAUUGUUGGAAUAACUCUAACCUAAAAAUUCUAAUAUUCUAUUAUAUUGCAUAUGAUCUAAUAUAGUUUACCCAUUUUAUCAGAAUAAUUUACUAUUUUAAUAUUUGUAAAAAAAAAUUACAAGUAAAAUUUCGACCAAAAUGUUACAGCUGCAAAUACACUAUUAUUAAUAUUUAUUAUACGAAAUUAACUAUAAGAGGAGAGAAAUGACUGCGAGUUACUAAAGUUUCACUGACAAUAACACUGACUAAUUGACGCAAUUAUAUUUACGAAUUAUAUA